AGUAGUAGUAGGCGAGAGACAGAGUGAGAGAGUAUGUUGUCAAGGAAAGCUGGUCAUGAUCUCUUUGUCUAUGGCAGUCUCCAGGAGCCCGAAGUCGUUUACGUGCUUCUUAAUCGCGUCCCUGACCGUGUCUCCGCCGUCCUCUCCGGCUUUCACAGGUUUAAACUCAAAGGUCGUGUUUAUCCAACAAUUCUACCAGACGGUACCGGAGAAGUCACCGGAAAGGUGCUUAAGGGAAUAACAGAUAAUGAACUGAAAAUGUUAGAUGAGUUUGAGGAUGUUGAAUAUGACAGAAAGGCUGUUGAAGUGGUGCUGACGGAUACUUCAGAGAAGCUGCAAGUCGAAACAUAUGUAUGGAAGAACAAAGAUGAUCCGGAUCUUUAUGGAGAAUGGGAUUUCGAGGAAUGGAAACGACAUGACAAGGAAGAUUUCGUAACAGCGACCAAGAAAUUUCUGGAAGAUAGGAGAUUACCAGAAGCUAAGACGAGGAUCGACACAUUCAAAACAUUCUUUAAGCAGGAUCUUGAGAAUGGAAAACCUCUGGAUUCUUGAUGAUUCACUCUCUGAUAUACUUGAUUGCUGUGACUUUUGGGUACUUGCACAGUUGCACUUAUUUAAAAUGAUUGCCAUUGCUUCCCCUUUUUUUUUUCAUAAUAAAAGACAUUGCUUCACUUGAAAUAAGACUUGUGGAACAAUGCUUCUUGGGAAAUUAUAAAGAAACAGAAUGAUCAUGCUUUUGUGAAACUAAUAGCGAGACAUGAAUUGGGCUUUGCAUGAUCAUGUAAUCAGACGACCUCUUAUGCUUUGUAAUUUCACUGAAGAGUUACUGUUUAUUUUUUUA